ACACGGCGGGGCGAGAUGGCGGACGAGCCCCGCGCCCCCGGCGCCCCGGGAGGCCAGCGCGCACCCCGCCCCGAGCCGCGCCUGUCCAGCCAGCUGCUGCCCGAGCUCUACACCUUCGUGGCCCGAGUGCUGUUCUACCUGGCUCCCGUCUACCUGGCCGGCUACCUGGGGCUCAGCAUAACCUGGCUGCUGCUCGGCGCUCUGCUGUGGAUGUGGUGGCGCAGGAACCGGCGCGGGAAGCUCGGGCGCCUGGCGGCCGCCUUCCAGUUCCUGGACAACGAGCGCCAGUUCAUUAGCCGGGAGCUGCGGGGCCAGCACCUGCCGGCCUGGAUCCACUUCCCGGAUGUGGAGCGGGUCGAGUGGGCCAACAAGAUCAUCUCUCAGAUCUGGCCCUACCUGAGCAUGAUCAUGGAAAACAAGUUCCGGGAAAAGCUCGAGCCCAAGAUCCGAGAGAAGAGCAGCCACCUGAGGACCUUCACAUUCACCAAGCUCUACUUUGGACAAAAGUGCCCCAGGGUCAACGGUGUCAAGGCGCACACUAACAAGCGCAACCGAAGACAGGUGGUCCUGGACCUGCAGAUUUGCUACAUCGGGGACUGCGAGAUCAGUGCGGAGCUGCAGAAGAUACAGGCUGGCGUGAACGGGAUUCAGUUGCAGGGCACGCUGCGGGUCAUCCUGGAGCCCCUCCUGGUGGACAAGCCCUUUGUGGGAGCCGUUACCGUGUUCUUCCUUCAAAAGCCGCAUCUGCAGAUCAACUGGACAGGCCUGACCAACCUGUUGGAUGCACCGGGAAUCAAUGAGAUAUCAGACAGCCUGCUGGAGGACCUCAUUGCCACCCACCUGGUGCUGCCCAACCGCGUGACCGUGCCUGUGAAGAAGGGGCUGGAUGUGACCAACCUGCUCUUCCCUCUGCCCUGCGGAGUGAUCAGAGUCCACUUGCUGGAGGCAGAGAAGCUGGCUCAGAAGGACAACUUCCUAGGGAUCCGAGGCAAGUCAGACCCCUACGCCAAGGUGAGCAUUGGCCUACAGCAAUUCCGGAGUAAGACCAUCUACAAGAACCUGAACCCCACCUGGAAUGAGGUAUUUGAGUUUGUAGUGUAUGAAGUCCCUGGGCAGGACCUAGAGGUGGACCUGUACGAUGAGGAUCCCGACAGGGACGACUUCCUGGGCAGCCUGCAGAUCUGCCUCGGGGAUGUCAUGACGAACAGAGUGGUGGAUGAGUGGUUUGUCCUGAACGACACAACCAGUGGGCGGCUGCACCUGCGGCUGGAGUGGCUUUCGCUCAUCGCCAACCCAGAAGCUCUGAUUGAGGACCAAGGUGGCCUUUCAACUGCCAUCCUCAUAGUCUUCUUGGAGAGUGCCUGCAACCUGCCGAGAAAUCCUUUUGACUACCUGAAUGGUGAAUAUCGAGCCAAAAAACUCUCCAGGUUUACCAAGAAUAAAGUCAGCAGAGACCCUUCUUCCUAUGUCAAGCUAUCUGUAGGCAAGAAGACACAGAUGAGCAAGACCUGUCCCCACAGCAAGGACCCAGUGUGGAGCCAGAUGUUCUCCUUCUUUGUGUACAAUGUGGCAGCUGAGGAGCUGCAUCUGAAGGUGCUUGAUGAUACCCAAGAGUGUGCUCUGGGAGUGCUGGAGUUCCCCCUGUGCCAGAUCCUCCCCUACACAGACCUCACCCUCGAGCAGCGCUUCCAGCUGGACCACUCAGGCCUAGACAGCCUCAUCUCCAUGAGGCUGGUGCUUCGGUUCCUGCGCGUGGAAGAACGAGAGAUGGGGAGCCCAUACACAGGACCUGAAGCCCUAAAGAAAGGUCCUCUGUUCAUUAAGAAGGUGGACACCAACCAGAACCCCAAAGCCCCAACCCAGGGAGAGUGCCCUGCAAAUUUGCCAUGCCCCCCAGAUCCUGCUUCUGAUACCAAAGAAGCCUCCAAGAGCACCACGACAACCACCAGUGCCACUAUUGUUGCCACCGAGCCCACACCCCAAGACACAGGCCCAGAGCCCAAAGGCAAGGACAGUGCCAGAGGGUUCUGUGAGCCCAUGGGGAAGAAGAAGAGUUCGGCCACCAUCUUCCUGACUGUCCCAGGCCCCCACUCUCCAGGGCCCAUCAAGUCACCCAGACCCAUGAAAUGCCCUGCCUCCCCACUCGCAUGGCCGCCCAAGAGGCUAGCUCCCAGCAUGUCCUCGCUCAACUCCCUGGCCUCCUCCUGCUUUGAUCUGACAGAGAUCAGCUUCAACAUUGAAGGCGGGGAUCUCAGGCAGUGGAGGCUGGGUGAGAUUCAGCUCACAGUGCGUUAUGUGUGUCUGCGGCGCUGCCUCAGUGUGCUCAUCAAUGGCUGCAGAAACCUGACACCCUGUACCAGCAGUGGAGCUGAUCCCUAUGUCCGCAUCUACUUGUUACCAGAAAGGAGGUGGGCAAGUCGUAAGAAGACCUCAGUAAAACGGAAGACCCUGGAACCCCUGUUUGAUGAGACAUUUGAAUUUUUUGUUCCCAUGGAAGAAGUAAAGAAGAGGUCACUAGAUGUUGCAGUGAAAAACAGUAGGCCACUUGGCUCACAUAGAAGGAAGGAACUAGGAAAAGUACUGAUUGACUUAUCAAAAGAGGAUCUAAUUAAGGGCUUCUCACGAUGGUAUGAGCUGACUCCAGAUGGACAGCCCAGAAGUUGAUGAGCACCCUUCCACCUUUAUAUUAAGAUGUGUACAUAUGUAUAUUUUGUAAUUUAAGUCAGAACAGCCAUUUGAAAAUAUAUACAUACAUUUUUGUGUGAAAUUUAAAUAUAUGACUGGAUAGUAUUAGGAAGAGGUAAACAUAUAUAAAAGCAAGUACUACUCUCUCUUGGUUGGAUUUAAUUGUUCAAAUCCAGAAAGAAAUGGGGUAUUUAUGCCUAAUAAAUUAUUGGAACCUCG